AUGAUUUCUCGGGUGCUUCUAGGCUUUCUAUCUAUCGCCCAUUUAUCCGCGGCAUCUCCUAGACAAGGAAUCUCUCGUCGGGGAACAGUCGAUUCUGAUGAAAUAGUCGGCUUUGCGCAGACAGUGCCGUCGGGCACAACCGGCGAAGUCUAUCUGGCCUACCAGCCACACUUGUAUGUUGUCAAUGGAUGUGUGCCGUUCCCGGCUGUUGAUGCAGCCGGAGACACUAAUGCUGGGUUGGCUAUAACUGGCGCUUCGGAUGGGGACUGCAGCAGCAGCACCGGCCAAAUUUACGUGCGAGGAGAGGCCUCUGGCGACUACUACGCGUUGCUAUACUCUUGGUACAUGCCGAAAGACGAGCCCUCAUCAGGUCUCGGUCAUAGACAUGACUGGGAGGGUGUGAUUGUCUGGUUGUCCGAUUCUACAAAGACAACAUCCGACAACAUCGUCGCUGUCUGCCCCAGUGCCCACGGUGGUUGGGAUUGCUCGACGGAUGAAUACACGCUUUCUGGAACUUCACCAUUGGUUAGAUAUUAUAGCAUCUGGCCUGUGGACCAUCAGUGUGGGCUCACUACCACCGUCGGUGGCACGCAGCCCCUUAUUGCCUGGGAAUCCUUGCCAACAGUCGCACAAACUGCAUUGGAUACUACUGAUUUCGGUGACGCAAAUGUUCCUUUCAAUGAUGGAAAUAUGGCCUCAAACCUGGCAAAGGCUACGUUUUAA